AUGACUGAAAGGAGUGAUGUGCCAGCGUCUGAAACUGGUCUCCUUGCCACCACUAAAGAGGUUGUAUUAAAGAUCAUUAAACAUUACCAAGAAGAAGGACAGGGGAAUGAAGUGGUCCAAGGAGUGCUGCUGGGACUUGUGGUGGAUGACAGACUUGAAAUCACAAAUUGUUUUCCUUUCCCACAACAUACAGAAGAUGAUGCGGACUUUGAUGAAGUUCAAUACCAGAUGGAAAUGAUGCGGAGCCUUCGCCACGUAAACAUUGAUCAUCUUCACGUUGGCUGGUACCAGUCCACGUACUAUGGCUCUUUUGUCACUCGUGCCCUCCUGGACUCCCAGUUCAGUUACCAGCACGCAAUUGAGGAGUCUGUAGUUCUCAUUUACGACCCCAUUAAGACUGCCCAAGGGUCCUUGUCGCUAAAGGCGUACAGACUGACUCCCAAACUCAUGGAAGUCUGCAAAGAGAAAGACUUCUCUCCAGAAGCAUUGAAAAAAGCAAACAUUGCUUAUGAAAACAUGUUUGAAGAAGUGCCCAUUGUAAUUAAGAAUUCGUACCUGAUCAAUGUGAUGUUGUGGGAACUGGAAAAGAAAUCCGCGGUAGCCGAUAGACAUGAAUUGCUCAGUCUGGCUAGCAGUAAUCACCUGGGGAAGAGUCUUCAGCUGCUGAUGGACAGAGUGGAUGAGAUGAGCCAAGAUAUAGUUAAAUACAAUACCUACCUGAGGAAUGUAAGCAAACAGCAGCAGCAGAAGCACCAGUACCAGCAGAGACGUCAGCAAGAAAAUAUACAGCGUCAAAGCCGAGGAGAGGCGCCUCUUCCUGAAGAGGACAUCAAUAAACUCUUCAAACCACCACAGCCCCCUCCAAGAAUGGAGUCUUUGCUUAUUGCAGGUCAAAUUAAUACCUACUGCCAGAAUAUUAAGGAGUUCAAUGCACAGAACCUGGGCAAACUUUUUAUGGCUCAGGCUCUUCAAGAUUACAACAACUGAAGAAACUGUGGUAUAAGCUUCAUCAGAAA